AGCAGGACAGUCGUGUGCUAGAUGUAAAGCGUGUGAAUCCGUAAACGUGUUGUAAAUAACGCGUUUCAAGAGUUUAACAGGUUAAAAAAAACACAUGUAGCGGUUAAAUACAUUUAAAAAACACUUUUCUGACGAAGACGUUAAUCGGGAGUCUGUGUUGGAGCGACGGAGGGAAAUUAGGAGGAAACAAUGAAGAAGAAACUUCAGCAGAGUGUGGAGGCAUCAUCGGGGCAACAGUCAGCUGACUAUGUGGUCGGUCAGGUUUCAGGAAGUCUGUUCCAGAAAUCCUCCACGUCCUCAGAUUCGCUGUCAGCUUUAUUCAGCACCGCGGGGCCGGCGGCUUCUGAGCUGUUUAAACCUGCACCAAAGCCUGUGAAGACAAGCGUUGAGGUGAAGGAGCAGCAGAGAGAAACACCUGAGGUCAAAGGCCAACCCAGCCAGACGACAGCGAAGAAGAAGAAACCGCCCAAAGAGAAAUCAACAGCCGACCAGAACCUGGAAAAGAGGGAGGUGAGUUUACAGAACGCAGACGAGGAUGAGACGUCUACGAUGAACAAUAAAAAGAAGAAGAAGAAGAGGACGGCGUCUGAGGCCGGCCAGGUGAACGACCCUGAAUACUGGGUGGCGAAGAGACAGAGGCUGAAGGCGAGUAAAGAGGAGGAGGAGCUGAAGAGGAAGAGGACGGUGUUUGUGGGAAAUCUGCCCAUCAGCUGCACCAAGAAGACCCUUCGGAACCUCUUCAGAGAUAAAGGAUCCAUUGAGUCCAUCCGGUUUCGCUCUGUGGUUAGAGAAGAUCCAUCCAUGUCUCGCAAAGUAGCAGCGAUAAUGCGUAAAGUUCAUCCGAAGAAGCAGAGUGUAAACGCCUACAUGGUGUUCAGAGACCAGGAGGGCGUGGCCAAAGCCUUGGAGAGGAAUGGGACGGAGAUCGAGAAAGACUUCUACAUCCGAGUGGACAGAGUCACAGACACCUCCACGCAUGACCAUAAGCGCUCGGUGUUCGUGGGGAACCUGCCGUUUGAGGUCAGUGAACUGAUGUUUCGGCGCCAUUUUGAGGAGUGCGGCGGCGUGGAGGCUGUGCGACUGGUGCGAGACCAGAACUCUGGAAUGGGGAAGGGAUUUGGAUACGUCCUGUUUGAGAGCGCCGACUCAGUGCAGCUGGCGUUGAAGUUGGAUGGUUCGAAGCUGGACGGUCGCUCAAUACGAGUGAAAAGGUCGGUGAAGAAGGAGAAGCAGAAGAACAAACCUGGAGAUAAGGAGAGAACGGGGAGGAUGGGCCAUGGUCCGACAAAGGGCGUCACCCGGGGAGGCUUCAAGUCUCCAAAGAAAUUCACAGGAAACAGAAGCUCCUCCUCUUUUAAAGGAGAGAUGGCGGAUCCACAGAAAAAGCCUAAAAAGAAACCGCAGAAGAAGAAAGUGAAGCCGAAAAAGGCGGUUCAUAUCUGACACCAGGUUUCCACCCACAGGAACCUGUUGACCAUCUGUUGGACUCGAUGGCAUUGGUUAAAUCUGGAUCCAUUGGAUAAAUGAAGACGUCAGUGAUGGAAUAAAGACAGAACUCUGUGUCUCUGAUGGACAUUUGGAGCCAUCAGACCUUCACCAUGUCGUUUUUGUCUUUUUUUGUUGUUCUUGUCAAAUAAUCGAUAACUAAAGACAACAACAGUGAAUAAUUAUGUACUUGUUGACCUGAAUAAAAGUUCUACUGUUGUAUUUGUA